UUGUCAAAAUCUAAUUUUCUCUCGAUUUUUCUUAGUUACCCUUUCUCUCGUCAAAACACUAAAAAGAAAAUCUAAAAGCCAUACGAUGAGCAUCUACUUGAGUCGAUUAUUUCCAAGAUCUAAUUCAAGUUUUCUCUUAUGUAGUGGAAACGCCUUACAAUCUGAAGUUUUUCGCUUAAGGGACAAAAUGUUCUUGGUGGAUGCAGGAAUUGGGACCCCCAAAAUUUGUAUGCAAGAUGAGCUUACAGGCGUGCCAAUCAACCGAGCCACCAGGUUUGAGAAUAUGGUGGGAUUUAAGGAUCUAGUGGCCCGUGAAUCACUGAUCAGAGAGAAGAUGUUGGAGAGAUUCUUCAUCGAUCUAGUGGCCGGUGAAUCACUGAUCAAAGAGCAAGCAGCCGCCAGGUUUACUGAUUUGGUGGGAUCCACAGAUGUAGUGGCUGGUGAGCCGCUUCUUCUUCUUCCACGAAAAUUCAGACAAGAGCGAGCUUGGAUGGAACUGAACAAGAUUUGGCGAACGAAUACAAAGGUCAAAGGCUUUAUUAUUGAGAAAGUCAGAGGAGGUUAUUCGGUAGCCAUCGCAGGUUUCAUUGCUUUUCUUCCAUUCCGUCCUCUUCAUUUUAAAAAUCAAAGGAUGUUGAAUGAUCGAUUCGCCAUUGAGAGCCUUAACCCCAAAAGGACGCAAUUGGUGGUGUUCUAACAAAAAAUAAAAAUUGUAAUUUUUUUUUUUUUUUUUUUUUUUUUUCUUGUUGAGUUGAAGCUGUUUCUUGGUUGUUUAUUUGUUUGUAGGAUUGUUGAUUUAAUAUUUGUGAUGAAGGAGUAGGUAGAAAUGAUUUUGAUUAAUUGGAAUGUGUUGAUUUUCAUUCA